GAGUGGUACUCUUUAGUCGUUCGCAAAUCGUUGGGUGGCAUUGGCGAAAAGGUGACGAGCAGAGGGGACACUCUGUGGACGAGGCAAAUGGACGACGAUGGCCGAAGUGGAGCUAAAAAUAAAGAAGAAAAGUUGCAGGCUAAAUUAGAGACGAGGCGGCUUUGUUUCAUAAUUUCCUCGCCUCCAGACUGUAGCGGCUAA